AGAGCGGGAGAACGCGUCCUCGCUCGCCGGCCGGGAGGCCCCGGAGCCGGCCCAUGGGGAGCGGGCGCCCGGCGCCGGCCACGACGACCGCCGCCGCCGCCCGCGCCGCGCCCGGCCUGCGAAGCCCAGGGAACCCCUCUUGGAAAGCCCCAUGAGGGCAGGAGAGUAAUGGAGAGUACGCCCAGCUUCCUGAAGGACGCCCCAGCCUGGGAGAAGAUAGCCCCUGAGAAUGGCAUUGUGGGACAGGAGUCGGAUACCCUGCCUCGAGAUGGCCUGCGUCGUGGGGCACUGUGCCUGGGAGAGUCUGCCCCCUUCUGGAGGGGUGUCCUAAGCACCCCAGACUCUUGGCGUCCCCCUGGCUUUCCCCAGAGCCCCAAGGACACGCUCCCACUGGUGGAGGGAGAAGACCCCCGCAAUGGGGAGAGGAAGGCCAGCUGGCUGGGCAGCAAAGAGGGUCUGCGCUGGAAGGAGGCAAUGCUAAACCACCCACUGGCACUCUGUGGCUCCGCGUGCCCGCCCCGCUAUGGCCCCCUGAUUCCUGAGCAUAAUGGUGGCCAUCCCAAGAGUGACCCUGUGGCCUUCCGGCCCUUGCACUGCCCCUUCCUGCUGGAGACCAAGAUCCUGGAGCAAGCUCCCUUCUGGAUGCCCACCUGCUUGCCACCCUACCUAGUGUCCAGCCUGCCCCCAGAGCGUCCAUGUGACUGGCCCCUGGCCCCACACCCCUGGGUGUACUCAGGGGGACAGCCCAAAGUGCCCUCUGCCUUUGGCUUAGGCAGCAAGGGCUUUUACCACAAGGAUCCAAGUGUUCUCAGGCUGGCAAAGGAGCCAUUGGCAACUGUGGAACCUGGGUUGCUGGGCUUAGCCCCUGGUGGGCGUCUCCAGAGAACUGGGGAAGUGGAACGUCCUUCAUUCCAUCAGAGAGACGGAGAGGCAGGAGUCAGCAGGCAUCAGAAUCUUUGCCCAUUUCUCCUGGGACAUCCAGAUGCUGUUCCCCAGAACCCCUGGCCCACUUGUCCCCCAGGCCUGGUUCAUACUCUUGGCAACGUCUGGGCUGUACCAGGGGGUGGGAGCCUUGGGUGCCAGCUGGGGCCAUCAGCCACGCUGAGGUGCCCCUCUCCUGGGCCUCCUACCACGCAGGUGGGCUGUUGUUCGUCUCACCCACCUGCUAGAGAUAGAGAUCUUGGCCCUUGUGGGAAGUGCCAGGAGCGCCUAGAGGGGGGCACCAUUGGGCCCAGUGAAUCCAACGAGGAAGCAAACAAGACCUCUGGUCCCAGGGCCUGCCCACCCAGCCAUCAUACCAAGCUGAAGAAGACAUGGCUCACACGACACUCAGAGCAGUUCAGGUGUCCAGGUGGCUGCCCUGGCGAUGAGGAGAACCCAUCUGCCCACCUGCAGGCCCUCAAGAGGGCAAGCAGCCCUGAGGUCCAGGGGGCAGGUGGCAGCCCAGCUGCCAAGCGCCCACCCAACCCUUUCCCAGGCAGUGCGGGGCAGGGGGCCAGAGAUUGGCAGGAGAUCCUCAACUCAUCCUUUGGGAACAAAGUGGAGGCAGAACAGCAUGAUGACCACAGAGGACCCCAAGAUGGUAGGGCCAGCAGCCUCCAGGACCCAGGGCUUCAGGAUACACCUUGUUCGGCUCCUCUGGCAUGCGUGGCUCAGUGCCAAAGCUGUACGCAUGCAGCUGGAGAGGUGGGAGGGCCGGCCUGCCACUCCCGGCAAGUGCUGAGAUUGCCUCCGGAAGGGGAGCAGCAUCAGGAGGAAGACUUAGCAGUCAGCUCUGAGGGAGGAGGGUCUGGCCCUGAGGCCCAGCUCAGCAAGGGCCUUGCCAAGCAUCUGCUAAGUGGUUUGGGGGAUCGACUAUGCCGUCUGCUGCGGAGGGAGCGUGAAGCCCUGGCCUGGGCGCAGCGGGAAGCAGGCCAGGGGCCAACCAGGACAGAGGACAACCCAGGCAUUCCACUCUGCUGCAGCAGCUGCCAUCGUGGACUCUUCAACACCCACUGGAAAUGCCCCCACUGCAGCCACCGGCUGUGUGUGGCCUGUGGUCGCAUGGCAGGUGCUAGGAGGGCCAGGGACAAAGCAGGCUCUCAGGAGCAGUCCACAGAGGAGUGUCCUCAAGAGGCUGGGCACAGUGCCAGUUCCCUGAUGCUCACCCAGUUCAUCUCCAGCCAAGCUCUGGCAGAAUUGAGCACCGCCAUGCACCAGGUUUGGGUCAAGUUUGACAUCCGGGGGCACUGCCCCUGCCAAGCUGAUGCCCGGGUGUGGGCCACUGGGGAUGGGGGCCAGCAGAAGGAGCCGACAGAGAAAACUCCCCCAAUUCCACAGUCUUCUUGCAACGGGGAUACUGACAGGACCAAGGACAUCAAGGAAGAGACCCCCGACUCCACGGAGACCCCAGCAGAGGACCGUGCCAGCCGAGGGCCCCUGCCUUGUCCCUCUCUCUGUGAACUGCUGGCUUCCACUGCUGUCAAACUCUGCCUGGGGCACGAGAGGAUACACAUGGCCUUUGCCCCAGUCACUCCUGCCCUGCCCAGUGACGACCGCAUCACCAACAUCCUGGACAGCAUCAUCGCACAGGUGGUAGAACGGAAGAUCCAGGAGAAAGCCCUGGGGCCGGGGCUGCGGGCUGGGCCAGGCCUGCGCAAAGGCCUGGGCCUACCCCUCUCGCCAGUGCGGCCACGGCUGCCUCCUCCCGGAGCUUUGCUGUGGCUGCAGGAGCCCAGAACUCAGCGAGGCUUCCACCUCUUCCAGGAGCACUGGAGGCAGGGCCAGCCCGUGUUGGUGUCAGGGAUUCAGAGGACACUGCAAGGCAACCUGUGGGAGACGGAAGCUCUUAGAGCACUUGGAGGCCAAGUGCAGGCACUGACCCCCCUUGGACCUCCCCAGCCCACAAGCCUCCACAGUGCAACGUUCUGGGAGGGAUUCUCCAGGCCUGAAAUUCGCCCAAAGUCAGAUGAGGGCUCCGUCCUCCUGCUGCACAGAGCUCUGGGGGACGAGGACACCAGCAGGAUGGAGAACCUGGCUGCCAGCCUGCCACUCCCAGAGUACUGUGCCCACCAUGGGAAACUCAACCUGGCUUCCUACCUCCCACCUGGUCCUGCCCUGCGUCCACUGGAGCCCCAGCUGUGGGCAGCGUAUGGUGUGAGCCCACACCGUGGGCACCUGGGAACCAAGAACCUCUGUGUGGAGGUGGCUGACCUGGUCAGUGUCCUGGUACGUGCUGAGGCCCCACUGCCUACCUGGCACCGGGCACAGAAAGACUUCCUCUCAGGCCUGGACGGGGAGGGGCUCUGGUCUCCAGGCAGCCAGGUCAGCACCGUGUGGCACGUGUUCCGGGCACAGGAUGCCCAACGCAUCCGCCGCUUUCUCCAGAUGGUGUGCCCGGCCGGAGCAGGCAACCUGGAGCCUGGCACCCCGGGCAGCUGCUACCUGGACGCAGGCCUGCGGCGGCGCCUACGGGAGGAAUGGGGCGUGAGCUGCUGGACCCUGCUGCAGGCCCCUGGAGAGGCUGUGCUGGUGCCUGCGGGGGCUCCCCACCAGGUACAGGGCCUAGUAAGCACAGUGAGUGUCACUCAGCACUUCCUGUCCCCGGAGACCUCUGCCCUCUCUGCUCAGCUCUGCCACCAGGGACCCAGCCUGCCCCCUGAUCACCGCCUGCUUUAUGCCCAGAUGGACUGGGCUGUGUUCCAAGCAGUGAAGGUGGCUGUGGGAACAUUACAGGAGGCUAAAUAGGGGUAUCCCCAGUGUCUGGGGUAGGUUGGGGGGCAAAUACUCAGUCCAGGCACAGCUUCAGCAGAUAAUGAUGCUGGGAUAAUUGGGGACUUUUGGUCAAUCCCUCAAGCACCACUCUGGGCACAGACAGGGCACCCUGUUCCCCGCUCCAACCUAGGCCCUACAGCCAGAAACCACAGUGCCGUUGAAGCUCACACCUGCCCUUUGCAGGCUGGCACCUGCUGUCCCUGCAUCUCUUGCCAUGGUACCAGGCCCACACUGGGGGUGAAUGACUCCCUUCAACCCUUGCCCCCUGAACCCAGGAGGCAAACAGCCCUUCCCUGGGGCACCUCGGGAAUCAUUCUGGCUUAAGCAACACCUUCUUCUGCUGCCUCAUCCCCUGCUGUCCCACCUGUGCACGUGCUCUGCUUACACCACCUGCAUCUUCACUGGGCUCCCGGGUGGCCCUUCACACUGCAGGCAUGCUGGACAAGGGGCCACUGAAAUCCUGCCCUCUCGCCAGAGAACAGUGAGGUGUGGGGAGAGGGUGGCAUCAGAACAUUGCCCAGGCUUGGCUGGAGGGAAUGAUAUGGGUGAUGCCCUGUUCCUGCUCCCUCUUCUCACCUCCCUCCUUCAUGAUUUCCAUUAAAGUCUGUUGUUCUGUGAAUGCUGCUGGAGUGGUUGGCCCUGCUCCUGCAGGCCACAUGGACUGGGGAGGGGUGGGGAGAUAAGGAAGUGAAGUGGGGCAGGGGUGGGGGUGAUGACAGGGACCUCAAACACCCCUGCCUACUCUUCUUCCUGGGGCCUGGAUCCUUUUCCCACUGAGGAGCAGAUGGAACAUUCCAGGGGUCUGCCCCUGAGGAUGCUCCUGACAGCAGACGGUGGGCAAGGCACCCUGGGGUGCAGCAGCAUGGCAGCUUUCCUGUGCACACUGGCUGCAGAGAUCUAGAGCCCCAACCCGCGGGCAAACUUCAGGCUACCCCAGCUCUCCUGUCUGCCCUGACCUGGAGCACUGGGAGUGCGGCCCAGGAGAGCCCUUGCCUAGCCGUCUGCCCUCAGUGCCCGCGGCUGGCCCCAGGCCCGCUACCCGGGGACUGGCUUGCUGCCCGAGAGACAGUUGACGGGCCCCUCCCUGCCCCCAGGGCCCUCCGGGGUGGCUCAGCCCACUCCGCUGCCCUUGUACAUCUUAGCGCCAGCAUACUCCAGCUCUUGUUAUACCUAAUUGUUCCUGCGGUGGUUCGGGGAGUGGGUUUUUUUGUUUUUUAUGAAAUAAAAUUUUUUAUUAUAAAUUUAA